GCACUCCAUCUCUUUAAAAUUCCCUGUAUUUCCAGCAAUCUUUAAAAACACUAUAGGUUCUUUUCCAGUGGAUUUCCAGGUCAAUAGCAUGCCACUAUCUCCAGAACUCACCGCAUCCAUAACUGAUGCAGUCGCAAAGAACUUCGAUAAGGAGCUCGCGUUCAUCCAAAAAGUAAUUCAAUAUGGCGGCCAGCGUGGAGAGGAAUCAGCCAUCCAAGACGAGAUCUAUAACCAGUAUACUUCUCGGGGCUACGCGACUACCAAGCUCAACAUGGACCCAGAUUCGUUAUCAAAACAGCCAGGAGCCGGAAAGGUCAGCGCAAAACAUUCAAAGGCACCAGUCGUAAUCGGCGUGCUAGAGCCAAAGUCAUCAACAAGCGGCGGAAAGAGCUUGAUAUUGAAUGGACAUAUCGAUGUCGUGCCAACAGGGCCGGAAGAACUCUGGACGCACGACCCGUACUCUGGUAUCGUGGAGGGAGACUGGCUCUAUGGGCGUGGCGGCGCUGAUAUGCGUGCCGGAAAUGUUGCUAAUAUGUUUGCGUUGGAUGCGCUGCGCAGUAUCGGGAAGCGACCGGCCUCGAAAGUCAUCAUUGAGUCCGUUCCAGAGGAAGAAUCGACUGGAAACGGUACAAUGGCUACUCACAUCGCGGGCUACACAGCGGAUGCGGUUCUGAUCCCCGAGCCGACAAAUGAACAACUGGUACGCGCUAACGUGGGCGUCAUCUGGUUCCAGAUCGCGGUGGCUGGUCGGCCAGUGCACGUUCUCAAAGCGACUGAAGGAUCGAAUGCGAUCGAGUCAAUAUGGAAGAUUGUGGGAGGUUUGAAAGAGCUCGAGAAAGAGAUGAACGAGCAAAAGAAGGGGCGGUUGCAUUUUGAAGAGCUCGACCAUCCAAUCAACCUUAAUGUAGCAAUGAUCGAGGGUGGCGACUGGGCGAGUUCGGUCCCAGCCUGGUGCAAGAUCGACUGCCGCGUUGCGCUGUUCCCAGGUGUUCGAGCUGAAGACGUCGCAGUCCAGAUCGAAGAAUCGAUACAAAAGGUUGCUGCUACAGACUCCUUCCUCCGUGAUGCACCGCCCAAAAUCACGUGGAAUGGUUUCUUUGCAGAGGGUUAUGUCCUGGAACCUGGAAGCCUGGCCGAGGAUGUCUUGAGAUCCGCACACAAACAAGCAACAGGUUCCAAUCUCGGAAGCAUCACCAUGCCAGCAUACCUCGAUACAAGAAUCUUCUCGCUGUUCCAGAAGAUACCUGCGCUUUGCUACGGACCGAUUGGUGAAAGCUUACAUGGCUUUGACGAGCGAGUGAGUGUGAGUAGCAUUCAACGGGUUACCACGGCUAUUGCUUUGUUCAUUGCAGAGUGGUGCGGAUUAGAAGAUGCCGAUCUUGCUAAGUGAGGCGGGACCUAUUUCGUUAUAUUUAGGGCCCUCUGUAACUGUAACAAUUCCAGAUUCUCUUCGCUC